GCAGCCCACCGGUCUGUCCCCGCCCCCGAACGUUCCAGAACCAGUCCCUUCCGGUGUCUGUGCGACCCCAUUUUACAGAGACGGAAAUGGAGGACUAAGGUCUGAAGUGAUUCAGGCUUCUUGCACCUGGGUGGCCUCCGUACCGCUCUCUACAACUACAUCUUUGCCAAGAAGCACCGAGGGAGCUUCAUUCUGAGACUGGAGGACACUGAUCAGAGUCGACUGGUACCAAGGGCAGCAGAGAACAUUGAGGACAUGCUGGAGUGGGCAGGUACUGUGUGAAGCUCAUGUGGAACUGAGGAAAGCCGCUGCUCCUGCCACACUGUUGUGUAAACAGGGCCUGAUCACAGCAAUAGAGAAGUUACUAAGGCCACAUCAAUUACUCACACAGAUGACCCUGGGCAUUCCACCUGAUGAAAGUCCCCGUCGGGGUGGUCCUGCCGGGCCCUACACUCAGUCCCAGCGUCUGGCACUGUAUGCCCAGGCCACAGAAGCAUUGCUGAAGUCUGGAGCUGCCUAUCCCUGUUUCUGUUCACCACAGCGGCUGGAGCUCCUGAAGAAGGAAGCCUUGAGGAGCCAGCAGACACCCCGGUAUGACAAUCGGUGCCGGAGCCUGAGCCAGGCACAGGUGGCCCAGAAGCUGGCCGUGGACCCCAAGCCUGCUAUCCGCUUCCGCCUGGAGGAGGCAGCACCAGCCUUCCAGGACCUUGUAUAUGGUUGGACUCAACAUGAAGUGGCCAGUGUGGAGGGGGAUCCAGUUAUCCUGAAGAGUGAUGGCUUCCCCACCUACCACCUAGCCUGUGUGGUGGAUGACCACCACAUGAGCAUCAGCCAUGUGCUGAGGGGCUCUGAGUGGCUCGUCUCCACCUCUAAGCACCUGCUUCUCUACCAGGCCCUGGGCUGGCAACCGCCUCAAUUUGCUCAUCUGCCCCUGCUCCUCAACAGGGAUGGUAGCAAGCUGUCUAAGAGGCAAGGGGACAUUUUCCUGGAACAUUUUGCUGCCUCUGGUUUUCUGCCUGAAGCCUUGCUUGACAUCAUCACCAACUGUGGCUCGGGGUUUGCAGAGAACCAAAUGGGCAGGACCCUGCCGGAGCUGAUAACACAGUUUGACCUGACCCGGAUCACCUGCCACUCAGCCCUACUGGACCUGGAGAAGCUCCCAGAAUUCAAUAGACUGCACCUCCAACGGUUGGUGAGCAGUGAGACCCGAAGACCUCAGUUGGUGAAGAAGCUGCAGGCCCUGGUGAAGGAGGCAUUCGGGAGCCAACUGCAAGACAAGGAUGUUCUGGACCCAGCAUAUGUGGAGAGGAUCAUCCUGCUGCGACAGGGCCACAUCAGCCGUCUGCAGGAUCUGGUCUCCCCAGUGUAUGCCUACUUAUGGACUCGUCCUGCCGUCCAUCGAGCACAACUGGGCGUUGACUCAGAAAAGGUGGAUGUGAUUGUCAAACGCUUGCUGGGAGUUUUAGAAACAUCUGGUUUGAGCCUAACUCAGGAUGUGGUGAACAGAGAACUGAAGAAGCUUUCAGAAGGCCUAGAAGGCACCAAGUACAGCAGCGUGAUGAAGCUCCUCCGAAUGACCCUCAGUGGACAGAUGCAAGGACCUCCUGUGGCUGAGAUGAUGGUGUCCUUGGGCGCAAAGGAAGUACAGGAGCGAAUCCAGAAGGUGCUUUCUAGCUAAGGAGAAGAUGAAUAGGAAUAAGGCAGCUCUGAAGGCCUCUACACAUGGAAACUGCAUUCUGAGGAGAUCAGGAGGCCUGCAGCGCAUUUGGACACUUUCAGGAUCAACAGUAAGAGAAACAGACUCUCUGAAUACCCUCAUCAGCCGGCUUUCGGGGAAGCCCAGCCUGCUUCACCUCGCUGAUUCUGGAAAGGAUGAACUUGAACUCAUACCUUUUUUUUUUUUUUUUAACCUAUUUUGUUUUUGUUUUCUGAGAUAGGGUUUCUCUGUGUAAGAGUCCUGACUGUUCUAGAACUCACUCUGUAGACCAGGUUGGCCUCAAACUCAGAGAUCUGCUUGCCUCUGCCUCCCAAGUGCCGGGAGUAAAGGUGUGUGCCACUACUCCCUGGUUCUUUUCUAUUUUUAAUGUGUUUGGAUAGUUUGCCUCCAUAUUUGCCUGUGUAUCACAUGCAUAUGUCCAGUGAUUCUUGGAAAGGCAAGGAGAACAUGGAUCACCUAGAAAUAGAGUUUCAGAGGGUUUUGAGCUACCAUUUGGGUACUUAGAAUUAAACCCAGGUCUUCUAGAAGGGCAGCCAGUGUUUAAUCACUGAGCCAUCUCUCCAGCCCCUUGUGCUGAUUUUCGUGCCAUAUUCUACAGCAGAUAUUAGGAGCUAGUUUAUAAAAAAGAUCAACAUUCCAAAUCAGUCCAGAGGACUGAGGUCUUGGUUCGUUAGGCUGCAUAAUAAAAUAUCACCGAAUAUAGUGACUUAAACAAAAACUAUUGAUUUGUUUAAUGUCCUAGAGACUGGAAGUACAAGGUAAGUGUCAUAGGGUCAGUUUCUUGAGGGCACCUCUCCUGAAUUGCAGUGUCCUCGCAGGGUCUUUCCUUUGUGCACAUUUAUCCCUGUUUCCUUUCGGUGUAUCCUAGUGUUUCUCAAGGGCACCAGUCAGGCCAAAUGCUACUCACUCUCACAGCCUCAUUUUAGCCUAAAUAACACCCUUUAAAGUCUGACAUCCAAGUGCAGCCUAACAUUGUAUGAUACUGAAGCUUAGGAUUUCUAUAAUUGGAAUAGUAGGCGAGGCGCAGUUUAGUCCACAAUAGUUCAGUGCUAGUCUGGACUCAUGGGUCCCAAUUCUCAGGCCCCUUCUGAAGGUAGAGCCAUAAUGGACAGACAAGCAGGACCAAAUAGACAUCAGACUUUGCUUUCAAUUGUAAAGAGAGAAGUUGCUCUUCUAGCCAGGUAAACACUUGUGUUUGGUGUUGCUUUUUGUCCUUGGACUUAGGGUAGCCUGUGUCUUCUUUCCUUGAAGGUCAUCUGCUCUCUUCCAGUUCCCAAGACGUGAUGCUUAAACUAGAGACCUUCACUCUUCUUAUAUUUGGUGCCUUUCAUCAUAUCCACCAUUGCUUAUAAGUCAUUGUAUUCAGAUUCCUGAAAUCAGGUUUCUGUUCUUGACGUCCUAACUAACUCAGAGUAGCUUAAGGAGCAUGGUGACCAGGUACCUGGCUUCUAGUCUUUCUUAGGGACAGCCUCUCUGCACCAGCACUCUCUCCUGAGGACAACAGAUGUGUAACCAGUAGGCUUUUAGAGUGGUAGAGGCUUGAUCACAAAGGACCUUGCCAUCUCCUGUAACCAGGAAGACUCUCAGUGGAGGAACUGGAACACCAACCCAGCCUCAAAACCUUCAACCUACAAUUUGUCCUGCCUACAAAAUAUGCUGUGGUAAAGGUGACACAGAAAUUGGGAGUGGAUAACCAAUGUCCUCCCCAGCUUGAGAUCCAUGCCACAAGAGGGAGCCCACCCCUGACACUGCCUGGAAAGCUGGAAAGCCAGGAACCAAAAGCUAGGUAGCCAGAGACCUAGCUAGGAUAGAGCCAAACAUGACUGGCCAAAAAAAAAAAGUAAAUAAAAUAAUUCCUAAUGAUACUCUGCUAUACUCAUAGACCAGAGUCUAGCAUAAUUGUUGUCAGAGAGGCUUCAUCCAUCAACUAAGGAAACAGAUGCAGAACUCAGGGAAUCCUGCGGAAGAGGGGGUAGAAGAAUUGUAGAAACCAGAGGGAACAAGGACACUACAAGAAAACUCAUAGAAUCAAUUAACUUGGGCCUAUAGGGACUCACAAAGACUGAACCAAGAACCAGGGAGCCUGCGUGGAUCUGACUUAGGCCCUCUACAUAAUGUGUGAUAGUUUUGUAGCUUGGUGUUCUUGUGGAACCCCUAAUAGUGGGAACAGGGGCUGUCUGAAUUUUUUUGCCUGCUUUUGUGACUUUUUCCCCUCAGUGGGUCACCUUGUCCAGCCUUAGGGGAAGUGCAUUGUCUUAUUGCAACUUGAUAAGCUAUGUUUGGUUGGUAUUGCUGGAAGGCCUGCCGUUUUUUAAGGGAAAUGGAGAGGGAUUGGUUGGGGAAAGCUGAGAGGAGAGAAGAGGAGGAAACUACAGUUGAAAUGUAAUAUAUGACAAAAAAUAAAUUAAUAAAAAACCUGGAAAAUAUGAAGUGGAUAAGUAGAACUUGGAACCUAUACUGCUGAUGGAAAUAUAAAAACAUUAGUAGCUAAACAAAGAGCUGACCCAGCAACUCUAUUCCUAGGCAUAAACCACCACCCCCAAAAAAAUACUUGUUUACUAUUAUUCAUUAUUAUUCAUAGUAAGUGACUAAUAAUAGGAGAAAAACAAAAGAAAAAAAACAGAAAAUAAAAAAAUAAAGUACCUUGCAGCUUCUCGCUGGUUCUCUUAUCUUCAUCUCAGGGAAAGCCAGCUUCCAGGUCAUGAAGAAGCUCGAGCUCUUGCAUCUCCCAGGGGUCCACAUGACAUUGGAGCCUCCUGUUAGCAGCCAUGUGAGUGAACCAUAUUGGAAGCUGGUCCUCCAGCUGCAGCUGAGCACCUCCUGAGACCCUCAGCCACAGUACUCAGAGAACACUCUGGAACCUGAGACCAAGAUUGUGAGACAGUAAAUGUUCAUUUAAAGGGACUUGCUUUGAGAGUAAUUUAUUACCUAGCAGUAGAUAAUUGCUAUUCUCUCCUCGUCCAGGUAAGUAUAGAAAAGGAUUAAAUAGAGCUUUUUGAGCCUUGCUUAGAAAAAGAAAUGUUCUUCGUUUGCAAGAAAAUCAAGUCUAAAUUGGUGGAAAUAGAGCCCCCCCCCCC